AUGGAAAGCAUCGAAGAAUCAAAGGGCGAGGUCAACUCACCAUUCUUGAUCCCCGGCCUCAAGUUCUUUGCAGACCCCGAGUCAGACACUCGUCCUGGAAAUUUAUUUUCGGAGAAACUCCACUGCGACUAUCAUAGCAAUCCAGAGACUGGAUAUCAUAUCCCUUUUGCGCCUAUCGGGGACCCUGGAAACAGGAGACUGAAAGUCAUUACGAUCGGUGCUGGGCUGGCGGGUGUUAUGCUAGCUUACAAUAUUGAGAAGCAUUGCCCUAAUGUCGAACAUGUGAUAUACGAGAAGAAUCCAACUGUGGGAGGGACCUGGUACCAGAACCGAUACCCCAAUGCCGCAUGCGACUCCCCUACUUGCACAUAUCAGUUCAACUUUGCAGUUGACCCGGAGUGGGAGAAGUUCCUGUCAGGAUCAGAAUAUCUACGCGAUUAUGUGGCCAAGGUCGUCAAGAAGCUCGACCUUGAGAAAUACAUGAUUUUCAACUCGAGAGUAAUCGAAGCCCGAUUCGAUGAUAAAAAAGGCACGUGGGAUGUCAAGAUUGAACAGACAGCGAGUGACGGAAGUCAAAAGACCUUCACCGACGACUGCGACCUUCUCCUAGGUGCAGUAGGUAUCUUGGAUCGCUGGGGGUACCCAAAGAUCCCUGGCCUCGAGUCGUUCAAGGGCCGAGUGGUUCACUCGGCUGAUAGGGCAAAGUGGGAAGAGUACACCCAAGAUAAGUGGGCAAGUGACGAGAUCGUUGUUAUUGGCUCUGGAGCAAGCGCGUACCAGGUUGUACCGGGAAUGCAGCCUCACGCCAAAAAAGUACACAGCUUUCUCCGCACCCCGGCGUGGUUCUUCGCCUCGUCCCCUGAAUUUGGCGGAGACCCCAGACCCCAGGACUAUACAUAUACCGAGGAGGAGAAGGCCCUCUUCAGAAAGGACCAUGGCGCUAUGCUCAAGCACGCAAAAGCCAACGAGAGUGUUUUGAUGAUGUUGCAGCAUAUGAUGGUGAAGUAUGACCCUGCGUAUCAUCAGGCCCGAAAAACUUUGACUGAAAGGACUCGAAAAUGGAUCAAAGAUGACGAGCUAUUUGACAAGAUUAUUCCCUCCUGGAGUCCAGGCUGUCGUCGAAUCACACCCGGUGACCCUUUCAUGGUAGCUAUUCAAGAACCCAAUGUUGAUGUUCAUUUCACGGGUAUCGCGAGAGUUGACCAAAAUGGAGUCUUUGGUGACGAUGGCACAUACACCGCCUGCGACACCAUCGUAUGUGCGACUGGUUUUGAUGUGUCUUAUCGACCUCCUUUCCCCUUGAUCGGGUUGGACAACUACGACCUUCGCAAAGAGUGGCAUACUGUUCCAGAGGGCUACAUGAGUCUGAUGGCGCCCAGGAUACCGAAUUACAUGAUGUAUCUCGGUCCAAACUGUCCAGUAGAGAAUGGAAGCAUCACCGGACUCUUGGAAGCAAUCGUCAGCUACACCGUCAAAGUAAUCAAGAAGAUGCAGCGAGACAACAUCAAGUAUUUCGUCCCUCGCCAGGACGUAACCGAUGAGUUCAACGACCACGCUCAAUCCUGGUUCAAAGGCACCGUAUGGGAAGAGGACUGUAACGCGUGGUAUAAGAACAGAAAAACGGGACGUGUAGAUGCUAUUUGGCCAGGAAGUGCUCUUCACUUCCGAGACGCCAUCCAAGAUCCCCGCUGGGAAGAUAUGGAGAUCAAGUAUCAUGCUCGGAAUCGGUUCCAGUAUCUUGGAUAUGGGUUCGCCCCUAUCGACCUGAGCACGUCUCCUGACGCGGACCGAAGCCCGUAUCUCAAGCUGGAGAAUCUUGAUCCUCGUUUUUACGAAUGA